AUGGCAGGCUCGAAUAGUGGCGGUUUAUCCACGCUUUCGGUGCAGUAUUUUGAUCACGCAAAAAGAACAGUUCAACGCCCAGUUGAUGACUCUGCUCUAAUCCUGGAAGCCUGGUCCCAAGGCUUUAUGACGGGUUCACUGGUCAUCAUGGCUGCGGUUACCUAUGCGAACAUGCGAUCAGGUGUUUUGCUGCACAAGCUGAUUUUACUAGAGUUGAUUCUGGCCCUAGCCCACGGAACAUUCAUAUUCGCCCCGGACCCUGUGUACGGGUGGUAUCUGGCCGCAUCCGCGAUUGGAUUAAUUAUAUCCUGGUCUUUGCACAAUGUGAUCGCGUGGAUGAAGAACAGGCCGUUCAUGGGCCGUAAACUGUCGCUCUUCUAUGUCGGCACGAUCAUCCUGGCUCAGCCAUACUGGGCAACUGAGAUUUACGCGAACUUCGCCUACUUCAAUAACAUAAAUCUUACUCUUUAUGAAAAGAUCCGCCCAUGGGAGGCACUAUUUCGCGAUCCGUGGUGGAUUUAUACAACGUGCAACCUCUUUUGGGUGGUCAAGGCACACUACAACUUUGGUUUCCUCGAGUUAGUACGCGAAUGCCCUCGAUUCGGUCUCAUGCUGGUCUCAAUGUGCCUCUCCAUUGUCUUUAUUGCCCUUGACGUUAUCAGCGUGACUGGAGCACUCAGAUCCGCCAUGCCGCUGGGAAUCAAUCCUUUUUGGAAACUAUGCUUUAUGUUCAAAUGCCUGUGCGACACCAUUAUUCUUGACGAUUUCAAAACUGCGCUUGACAAUCUAAGUGCUAGAUGGCUUGCGGAGCUUUCGAGGUCAUGGGAACAAGUAGACCAUAUCACCGCCAGAGUCCAGGGCCAAACCCAACAGAGCUCACUCUCCCAUGAUGGGCGACAGGACUCUCUUACUUUUACAACCGCUGGUGCCUCUCUAGGCUUUCCAUUCAUGUUAAUGCAGAGUCGAGCAUUCAUGAAUUUGCUUGGCCUCGAGCAAUCCCUGCCUGUGCUCCUCGAACAUGUAGAGCACGGCAGAGAUGUAAUCAUCGCUCAAUCAUAUGGCGAGAACAUCGCGAUGGUCGACCUCCAGGAUGCAUCUAUCCAUACCUGGUACCCGAUCCUGCUUGCAGACUAUACCAAGGAAUUGAUCCAGGCAAUAACAUCGUGUUUCCCCGUGUCGGCAACAUCCUACCUUACUUUCCUCAUCUUGGCUAUUGGUCGCGUUGUGGAAUGCGAGUCCGUCAUUGAUGCUUUGGGGAGCUGCUCGGAAGCACUAUACAUUGAAGCGGCUAUGAAGAUGCUCCCGUGUGCUUUUGCACACUGGCCCACGAAGCGCGCAAUGUCUGCUAUUGUUCGCCAUAUACCACCUAUGCUAUGGGCAGCCAUUUCAGGUUUAUGA